AUGUCUAUGAUCAUUGUUUCAAAAUUCAAUUUUAUUCAACAAAAAUUCACUAAUUUAUCUGAUGUAUCUAUUAAGUUGGGCAAGGCACUUGCAAUUUCUGGAUUCAUCCUGUAUAUUUUCUAUAUCUUGUCCGACCAUCCAUGUUGCUACUCAUCCACCCUUUUUACUGCUUUAAGGCCGAAAGAUCCCAAAUAUUCCGAUCCUCCUUUCAUUACCACCAAUCUUAGCCAUGUCGUUUUUGGUAUAGCGGGCUCAGCCAAGACAUGGAGGAACAGAAGAUGGUAUGUUGAAACAUGGUGGCGCCCAAAUAUAACUCGAGGCUACAUUUUCAUGGAUAUAUUUCCUAGAAAGUUUCUUCCAUGGCCACCUUCUUCGCCUCCCUUUCGUAUUUACCAGGAUACUUCUAGAUACAAGAAAUAUGAUAUGCAUCCAAUCCCACAGGCUAUUAGAAUGACACACAUUAUCUUAGAGACAUUUAAUGCAGAAAACGAAGGCGUAAGAUGGUACGUUUUGGCAGAUGAUGACACAGUUUUUUUCAUCAACAAUUUGGCAGAUGUUCUUGCAAGAUACGAUCACAACAAGUACUUUUACAUUGGAAUGAAUUCAGAAAGCCAUGCGUCAAAUGUUUAUCACUCAUUUAAUAUGGCUUUUGGUGGGGCUGGAUAUGCUUUGAGUUUUCCUCUUGCUAAGGCAUUGGUGAAUAAUUUGGAUGUCUGUAUAAAGAGAUAUCCAACUCUAUAUGGAAGUGACCACAUUUUGCAGUCAUGUGUGGCUGAUUUGGGUGUCUCUCUCACUCCUGAAAAAGGGUUCCAUCAGGUUGAUGUACACAGUGACAUAUCAGGUCUACUAUCAGCACAUCCACAGUCUCCUCUUGUAUCCCUCCACCAUCUCGAUUAUGUCAAUCCAAUAUUUCCUUACAAGAACCAGUAUGAAUCGCUGAAUCAUCUAAUGGAAGCGGCGAAAACAGAUGAGUCUAGGCUACUACAGCAAAGCAUAUGCUAUCACAAAACCAAAAAUUGGAGCUUCUCCAUAUCAUGGGGCUAUUCAGUGCAAAUUUAUGAAUCCAUCUUCCUUCCAAGCAUGCUCCAGAGACCCCUCCAGACAUUUACCCCUUGGAGCAAAUACGUCUGGCCUUUAUUCCUUUUUAACACUAGAAUUCCCUCCAAAAAUCGUUGUAAAGCUCGACAUUUCUUUUUCUUUGAUUCUGUGGAAAAUAAAAGCCGGGAUUAUUUCAUUACAAGCUAUAGUAGGAGAAGGCCACCUUGCUCCUCGAUGGGAAAUAAUUCUGCUAAUAACGUCUCCAAAAUAUAUGUUCUUUCCCCUACAUGGAAACAUGAUCCAAUUGGAAAUAGAAGAGAAUGUUGCGACGUUAUGCAUAUAACAGGCACAAAUACUACCAAGAUAAAGCUCCGUAAUUGCUUAGAAGAUGAAAUAGUGCCCUGA